AUGCUGCAAGAGGGAGAUGAAGCCCCGUACGAGAUCGCGUCCGAUCCGAAGGGAGAUGAAAUCCAGAAACUUAGUGUUAUACAAAAUCUACCAAGUCUUCUAGCUACCGAUUCGCAAUCAUGUAUGUCUCGAGUGGUACCUAAGAUGCAGCAGUCUCUGGCUUCUGCAUCAACUGAGUUUCACAUAGCAGCAUCAUCCACAUUCAAAACAAUUUUAGAGCAGAAGCUUGUCAGCCAUAAUGUUUUUAGUCAGACAUUCCUUCAAAGCAUAUUAAAUUCUCUAGAGAGCCGUGACCCAGUUAUCUGUCAUGCAUGGUUGGAGACCUUACUGGAUGUGAUAGAAUUACUGCCGGUAGAAGUCAUAAGAGCACAGAUUCUUCCAUUGACUAUAAGUAAAGGACAAUUGUCACAAACGAUCUACUCCAGAGUAAUAUGUAGCAGGUUACUGGGAAAGAUUUGUACACGAUUCGAUUCUGCUAUGAUACAGAAGGAGGUUCUACCAACAGUACACUCCCUUUGUCAAGAUGUAAGCAGUGAAGUGCGAUCCAGUAUCUGUUUGCAGUUGCGUUUUGUUGCGGAAGGUCUCGGUGCUGAAUCUGUAAAAUCUGCUUUACUACCAUCCCUUGUAGAAUUAGCAAACGACGAAGAAAGCAGUGUAAGAUACGCCACUGUACAGACAAUAGUGUAUUUACUACCUCAUCUUCAGGAAGAUACAAUAAAAAAUAUAAUAGUCCCACUUGUUAAGAAGCUAUGUGAAAAUGCAGCUAAAUCCGAAGAUAAUGUGAUAUGUGUAAUAGCACAAGAGUUGGGAAAACUGGUACUUGGCCUAGAAAAGUGUUUAUCAAAAUCAGAGAAAGCAUGGUUUAUAAAAUACUAUCAACAACUUGCACAAAUGGGAAUACCAUUGUUGAAGAAAGAGAAAUCACAUUUUGCGUUUUUUAGCAGCAAUCCUACGCAAGAUGAAAGAUGUGUUGAAUGCAGAAGGCAUUGUGCAUUUAAUUUGCCAGCAAUGUUUAUCUUUGUAUCAAAUUCUCUAGAAGAUGUAGAUACGAUACUUACAACAUUUGAAGCACUAACAAACGAUCAUUAUUACAUGGUUCGAAAAACUGUCGCGUGUGGGAUUCAUGAGGUGGCAAAAGUUCUAGGGCCAAAAAGUGCUCGAAUAAAGAAAAAUUUAAUAAAAUUGUUAAAAGAUGAUUCUGAGGAGGUGCUUCAAGGUUUAAUUCCUCAUAUAGGAUUAACGUUAGAAUGUUUGGCCGAAAGUCAAGCUAUUGGAACAGAUAAGCUGGAUUCUUCUUUGAUGGAAAUAGGUAAAGCUCUAUUAAAAUGUGAGGCUGUAAUUGCAGGCACGCACAAUUGGAGACUGGCAUCAUUAAUACACGCGCAGUUAGAAAUUUUACCCAAAUGUUUUCCCAGUGAUUUUAUAUACUCGUACUUUGUUCCAAUGGCUUUCUCCAGAAUUUUAAAUGCGCGGCCAAUACCAGUACGUCUUGCUGCAGGAACACUUUUUCUUCUUCUUUUGCGGUACAAUAUGAAACCUAUACAAAGGGCAGAAUUGCGUAAUAGAAUCUUUACAGAUUUAGCUAAUAAUUCUGAUUGUUACGUGAGAAUGAUGUUUGUUCGUAUGAUGGUCGAAGCAUUGGAAAUCUUUUCUUCUACUUAUUUUAAGGAACAUUUUUUUAAUGUUUUAUUGAAUUUGGCUGAAGAUCCUGUAGCUAAUAUAAGAAUGAAAGUAGUAUCUUUAUUGCCACAACUAAAAAAUCAAUUAUGGAUACCCACCGACAAGAAAUUGCUAACAUCAUUGGAAUCGGUUGUGAGACAUUUGGUCAACAAUGAAAAGGAUAGAGACGUACUAUUUAUCUUAAAAAGUGUUACACAGAAAUUAGACGAAAUGGAUGUUAAAUACGAAGGCCAAAAUUUAACAACUAAGCUUACUAAGCAAGAUGUGGAAGAUGCCAAAAAGUUGGAAGAAGAAAAGAAAUUGUCUGGUAUAACUACUGGAAAACCAACAACUGGAACUGUAGUAAAGAAAGGUUGGACAAGAACCGGAACUGAUAAUUCUACAAGAGGAUUAUCACAGCCAAAAGGUGAGCAUUUAAUGCAGAAUAAAGAAGCAAUGAACAAAACAAAUUCAUUAUUAAUUAAAUAUGGAACUGUCUCUUCGCGUCAAGUGAUCGAAAGCUUAAAAACGAGAAUCCAACUAACACCUUGGGAAAAAGUAGGGCAUUACAACUCGCAUACUAAUACAUCGCAUUUUAACUUUGUGAAUGGAUCAUCUAAUGAUUAUAUUACGUCUAAACCGCAAUGUAACUGCUCUAAGUUAGCAGUAUUCCAGGCUCUCUUGACAUUACCAGAUGCUUGUGAGCAAGAGUAUGAAAAUGACUCCCAAUGCCAUUCGUAUUACGAUACUGACAACGAUCACAUGACGUUUAGAAAGCAGUCAGUUCAAACGAACGAAUACAGUCCUUCCACUUUUACCAAAUCUUUUUUUCUCUCGCUUGUAAAAGAAAAUAAGCAAGAACCGCAACAGCAUUCCUCACUAACACGGGAUUAUCCGCAUGAAUUUUCUACUAACAUUAGUGGCAAGGAUAGAGCGCCGAACUUUGCUGCUUUAAGAGCAUUAACAAACGCAGCUCACUAUAAUUCUUGUUGGGCUUUUAGUUCUAUGCCGGAAAUAUCCGUGAUGCAGUCAGACGACGAAUUCUUAGUAGAUGCUGGUAUCAGAAUACCCACCCAAUUCUCCAUUUCUCAAAGCUCGUCAAAAAUUCCGCAUUUGCAAGAUUUUAUUGCCGCAAGGAGACAAGUAAAUACUACGAUUCGCUCUAGACGAAGCAGCAUGAGUUUCGAUAAGGGAAAGUUUAAGAGACAUUCCUCUGUCGAAGAUUCCUCGUACGAAGAUUGCAUGAAACGUAGGACACGUGAAAGUGACUCGUUGAGGAGCACAUCAAUUUCGAUAGAUUACGAAGAAGGCUUGCGACAACGUAACAUGGUGAAGGAGAACUUGAGUGAUCAGCACUUGUCUAAAACUGAUGCAAGGACUAAAAGAUAUUCCGCCCCGCAUGGAAGAACCAGAUUCGGAUGGGAUAGUCAAGAGAGAUCUUUAGAUGAGAAAUUCAAGAGAAAUUCUUUAAUAUUGGAUAAAGACAAGUUAAAGUUCACUAACUCUAAAUGCACGUUGGAUCGAACUAAACGUCAUUCCACGAAUUUCAGUUUAAAACUUCCGGAUAAAGAAAUAAAGCCUCAGAUUGUAAAGCGUCAUAGUCUGGAAGAUCAUACGGUACGUCGUGCUAUAAAAGGAUGCUUCUCAACAUUGGACGUGAAUCAUAAUCAGGGUCUUAGUAAAAUCCCCUUGAGAAACGUUGAAUCUCGUAGCAGGACCGCGCCUGCCACCAGAGCAUCUAGCCCUGUACAUGUAGAAUCGCGGUUAAGAUUUGAUAUUGAGAACUGUGAUGAUUCUCGAAGUUCUGCUAAUGAUAGACAUUUGAAUAGAUAUAGCUCGAGUGAUGAAGAGGUCGACAAAUUAUGUAGGAUGCUAUUACAUUCUCAAACAGCACAGAGUAGUACAGAAAUAACACCAAGAAGUAGAGAGAGAUAUCCUGUUCAUUUAUUGAUGAAAAAAUUAUGAAACAUUUAAUUCUAUUACGUAUUAUAUAAUUUCUAUAUGACUCUUCCACAACUGCAUUUAGCGAUCAUAUAUAAUGAGCUUUAUGCAUACGAUGUAUGCUUUAAAUUUAAUGAAGAGGUCUAAAUAAGAGGUCUAAGUUGAUUAAAAAUUAUGUAGCAGUUUCUUUCAAGUUUCUUGUUUAUGCAAAGUAUGUGAAUUAGUAUUAAAAAAUUAGCAACAUUUUAAAUCGUGCAAAGAAUUCAGCAGUAAAUAUUAUAUAACAUUGCCAUGAAAUAUAUAAUAUUCAGUAUUCAAUGUUGAUAAGAUAUGAUAGAGCUUCAUUUAUUUUAUUUAUUUUAAACUACAUUGUACAAUACGUAUUGCUAAUAUUUUGCUAAAUUUAAAAUCAUACUUUUUAAUAUGAAACUAUUAUUAAUAAUAAUUUGUUGUGAGAUAUAAGAUUUCAAAAAAUUAAAUCUUAUAAAUAAAUUAUUUAGAAAACGUUCAUGUAAGAAUCGUUUUAAAAAGGCGUACAAACUUUAAUUACGUAUUGACACACGAUAUUAAAACGUAUAAUGGCCUUUAUGUAAAUUUUUAGCAUAUCACUUUUUAACAUUGCUUUUGAUUUACUCUAAACAGGAUAUAUUUUUAUAAUUUACUGAAAUAGACAAUUUUUCUAUAUUGUGCCUUUUCUAUACAAUAGUUCGUAUUAUUUAAUAUAAAUAUUUAUAAUUUUUGUUUUGUUGAAUUUAUAUAACUAAUUUUUUAUGCAAUAUUGAUAAUAUUAUGAGAAAUCUUAUUAACAUCUUUACAUUUUGUCUAAUUAUUUUUAACUUGAAAUUAGAUGUAAUUACUUAUACAAUCAGUAUUGUGAAAUGUUAAUUAAUGCAACAAGAGAUGCAUUUUAUUUUAUUAGACUAUUUAUGUUUCAAAUAAUAUUACCUGUGAAGUGGCCGUACGUACUUAUGUGCGAUAAGAUAAUUAUAUAUACGUAUUAAUUUUAGUUUUAUAUUAUCUGUUAAUUUAAAUUUAUACUAUAUAAAAACAUCUUUAUGCCUCAAUGGAAGUCAUGAGUUCUGACUUUAUGUUGAAGAUAAAAACAUGCACGCUUAUUUCGAAAGACUGCUUUUUAGAUUUUGCAAUUAAAAAAUUAUAUAAAGUAAAAAAAGAGAGAGGAAGCUUUCAUUUUGCUUAUAGGCUGGGUAUUUAAUAAUAUUGACCUCCAUCACACAAUAAGAUUAUAAAUUCUAAUCAUUAAUUACAUAAAAAAAUGAUUAUUGUGGAACUGGAUUAUUCUAGAGUUCAGGAUAUUAUUAAAAACGGAUUUUUCAGUACUAAGUUAGCGUUAGAAUCUAGUCUGCAUAAAUAUAGAGUCCGUGAAAAAUCUGGAAAGAUAUAGUCAUGAUUUGAGAAGAAUAGCUUUGUUAUUUUAUAUCUAAUCUAUAAUUCUUCGUGUCUACUCGUUUUAGUAUAGUUUAGUUAGUAUUUUUAGCCAUUAUUUUAUUUAAUUAUUUACAAAUAAGGUUGACCAAAGAGAAUUAGAUAGCGAUAUGAUAUAAUAAAGAAAAAUUAUUUCUAUACAAAUUAUAAUGAUGAAAUGUGUGAAUUAAUAUUUAUAUAAGAAAAAAAUGUUUAAUAUGAGUACAUUAAAUUAUAUUACAAUCAAAAGUAAAAGCAAGUAAGAUAUCAAUAAUUUACAUAUUGAAAAAUACGAAUUGCUUAAAUGUACGUUCAGUUUAAUUUUGCUUGUACAAAUCUCAAUUCAUGACUAUAUUUUCCAAGAAUAUGUAUGUGUAUACAUGCAUAUGUACUGAGAGUAUUCCAUACAAGUGAAUAUUUUUAAUGCGAAAAAUAUACCAAUCUGUUUUUUAAUUACGUGGUUUGUAAGCAUCUUUUUAAAAAUAGAAAAAAGAUGCCUAUCAAUAAAACAAAUAUUUAUUUUAUAAAUAUAAAUAUUCUUGCACGUUAUAUUAAUAUAUUUCUACAUUAGGGUUUUUUUUACAAUUUUUGUGCAUAAACGUCUUGGAUGUAAACUAAUUUCAAUGAAGAUCAAAAGAUAAAUCUUGUAUUUUUAUUCUCUUAUAUUAAGUUUUCGUUACUUGUUAGUAAAAAGAAAAAGUUUUUGAGUUAUGAAUUUAAGAGAAUAAACAAUGUAUUUACAUUUUUAUAAAUUUUCGUUUACCAAAAUAUACAUUUUUGCUGUUUUUAUCGUGACUUUUUCGCAAACUAGAUUUAUAUACAUAUUUGUAUCUAACAUAGUAUUUUGAAUGAUUUUUAAUUAUCCUUUGUUACUAUUGUUGCCAGCUUUAUCAAAAUAACAAAUAGUUUUUACCUUCGUAAAAUAUAAAAUAGUUUCAGUAUGAAAUUAAAAAAAUUAAUAGUAUAAGUUUAUAGAACAAACAUAAUUUUGAUAUUGAAUAUCUUAAUACAUCUUAAGUUAUAUCUAAUUUGCAGUUGAUCACGAAAAUACGUAAGUUAUUUUUUAAGUCAGAGAAAGAGAGAGAGAGAGAGAGAGAUGUUAAUAAUAUACAAUGAUGUACAAAGUUUUGAAGGCAUUAAGUAUUUAUAUAUAAACUAUUUUAAAAAAGGUAUAUAUAUACAUACACAAUUACGGGAUUUACUUUUUGCAUGUCAAAAAUUAGGAUUUGAUAAUUGAGUUAGUAAAAAUAAUAAUUACUUUUCGUUUGAUUUUAUAAGGAAAUUUGCAAAUCAUUCCUGUCAAUAUAUAAAUGAUAACAGAUAAUUUAAUUCUUUUUUUAAAUAGCACUUAGUUUCCGAAACAAUAAGAUUAUUAAAUUGAUAUAAUACACAGAAUAUGUUAAAUUUUGCAGUGUAAAAAGAAUUUGAUGUCUCUUCGAAAAAAUAAUUUUAAUACCUUUCUUAAUAUAUCUUGUACAUAUAUAUAUUAUGUGAGCUUUACAAUGCAAGUGCCAUUGAAUUUUUUAAACAGUUUAGCACAUAGAGCAUUCUCGGUACGUAUCACGAAGAAACAGAAAAUACAGAUUUAAAAGUUUAAGUUUUAUAUGUUUUAUUGUUUAAUAUGUUUAAUAAAGUAGUAAUAAGAGUUUAUAUAAAUUUAGGACAAGUUCUCAUAGUGGCAUAUUUGUUUAAUUAUGUGCGAUUUACUUUUUGUUAUGUAUUGUUAUACAAAUUUCUUCGUGUUUCGACUAUCUUUUUGUUAUCUCCUUCUGGAAGUAUCUGCAAAUAUAAAAUUAAUUACGAAUUGGUCUCACACAUUUAUAAUCUAAUUUGUAAUGUUAAGUCGAAUUCAUUCUCAUAUUACGAGAAAUGAUCAAUGAAGUAUCGACAAUUUUUGAAAUAAACAUAUUUUUCUGAAGCGAAUAAUUUUGAUAUUAUACGUAUAUAUAUUGUACCGUAUGGACACAAUAUUGAAUAAUUUUGAUCUUGGUGAAUGUGAACGAUCAACGAUGUAUUAAGUAGCAACGAUUUAUAACUCGAUUGAGUUUCGAUAAUAGAAAAUACAACAUGUAAUAUCGACGAUUGUAUAGAACACCAAUGUAAUAAUCGAUGUAAUGAUCAGUGUAAUAACGCGCGUAUAUUGUAAAAAAGAUUGAUAAUGGUUAUUAAAUAUUAAGUGAAAUAAUAUCAAUUAAAUUUGAUAUAACAAAGUAAUUCUACUUUUUUAAGUAUUUAGUAAAUAUCAAAGUGGUACUAAAUAUUUAAAAAGGUAAAAUUAUUUUUAGUUACAUCAAUCACAUAUUUUACUCAACAUUUGGUAACUAUUACCAAACUUUUUUCAGUGUAUAUUCUCGUGCGAACACGUUGUUUCCAGUUUAGUUUGUGCUCUGGUUCCUUAUUACGGUCUAUUUAUAUAUACGCGAAACAAAUACAUACACUAUUUUAAAAAAAUGUUCGUAUAAGAGGAACUUGCAAUUUAGAGAAAUAUAUUGAGAUAAAUAUUUAAAUAUACACAAUUAGGAGCUACAGCAUGAAGAGAGAUUCGUAGUACGAAGAAAAACGAGAUAACUUGAAGAACAUAUUUGGAUGAUAGAAAGAACAAAAUGUGUAUAGGUACAAUUUUGUCUUUAAUCUGCUGAAAUGCUGUUAUUUAUUUUUGUACAAAUAUGUGAAAUUAUAAAUUAACUUUUAUGCCAAAUAGCAAAGAAAACUAUAAGUAGCAAAAGUUUACGCACUGUUAUAAAUUGUUUCCAGAUACAAAUAAUUUAUUAAAAAUGUAACACACGUGUCUAUUACAAUACACACAUCUAUAUUAUUUUAAUAUGCUUAUAUACAUAUAGAUACAUAAGCGCGACAUUUAUCUAAUUAACUGUGUAAAUUAUCUUGUUUCAAGCGUUGUGUGUGUGUACUGCAUUAGAAAAGAUAAAAACUGUGAUGACAAAAAAGUUAUUUAAUAAAAGAAUUAUUCAUGUUAUACACUAACGAACAUAUGGAAUCGAAUAUUUGUGAAACAAUAUUUUUAUUACUCAUACUACUCCUAUAAAAAUAAGAAAAUAUCUGAAAUUGUAUUUUUGUGAAGUAUAUCUGUAAUAAAAAUAUAGUUAAUGCGAGAGAAAUAAAAAGAUUGGAACUAUAGAUUAUUAACAGUGUCGGUGUUACUAUGAAUAUGCUGGGAUAUGAUAUGAUGCCAUAAAUUUAAAAAGUAUGUCUACAUGAAUUAUUUACAUUCUGUUUACAUUGUGUUUAUACCAAUCUUUUUUCACGUAGACAAUAUAAGCAAAUUAUAAAUUAGAAAACAAUACAAAAAAAUAAUUAAAAUUGUUAUAUCUGACUUUAGUAUUAAUAAAAUAAAUACAUAAUAAAAAUGUUAGAAAUGGAAUAUAA